GACGGGUGGACGGCACUAGUGUGGGCUGCACUGAAUCGGAAGAUUGACUUGUUGCAGCUCUUGAUCAACAAGGGGUCUAGUGUGUACAUGCGCGACCACGUGGGCAAGACGGCCGCGGACUACGCCGCGAGAGUGGGCGACAAUCAAAAGAUGCUGCAGCAGUUAUUCGACUGCAACAUUAAGUACGACUGGAGCCCGAUACCAAAAAUAUUUCGUAUCCAAAACGUGUACCCGAGAGACUUUACAUUCCUUGAAUUGGUACAUGAUUAACCAAUCAACGACUCAACCACUCAAUCAAUCAACCAACCAAUCAAUAACGCACACGUUUUAUCUAAGCUAGUUUGUAUCGUGCGGCUGAAGCCAAGCAUCCGGUGAAGUCAUUUCUUGAGCUCAAGGCGUACCCGGAUUUCGUUGCCGAGCACAACGUUUCUAAAUGGACUCCGUUGAUGUGGACCUGUUUUAACCUAUGA